AUGAGUGGCAAGAACACACAGCCAGCGGCGGGAGAAGCAGUUCAAGAAGGUGUCGUCUCGCCUAGGCUAAGCUCUGAUUCACGGUCGUCUUCUUCUCGAAGCUCGUCGUUGCGGCGAGAGCCUGCGAAAUUGUCCCACCGCCAAAGCCUGGGUGACUCGCUGAGAGGCGUGCCGUCGUCGCCUCGAGCCCGUCGGCAGCCCUCAUUCACUCAAGCUGCUGUCCAGAGCUUGAUAGAUAAUCCGCCGUCGCAUGCAGCUGCCGAUCCAGCUUUCUCUGGCCGAGAUUGGACGCAGAUUUCAAUCGGUGAAUUGGUACAGCCCGUGGAUCUAAAGUUUGUGGAUGCAGACACUUCCAUUGAAGAUGCUACGAAUCUUCUUAUUGAGUCCAGUGUGCACUCACUUCUUAUCCGAGAAUCGCCUGGCUCCUCUACUGCAGUCGGCACAUUCGGCUUCGCUGACCUUAAUGCAUACCUCCUCCUCGUUGUGGGAUUGAUACAACCAAGCCAUGAAGAACAGGCUGCGUCUCUACGUGAGCUUGCUAGGAGAGCAAGGGAGGGAGAGAAGAUCCCACUCAAGGACGUCAAGGGGCUCGGAAUGCAAGAACCCCUCACAACUAUGCCACAGUCUACCAAUUUAAUGACUGCCGUUGAAACGUUUGGAGGAGGCGUACAUCGCAUUAUAGUAGUGAAGGAGGGUACCACAGAGGUGAUUGGAGUGUUCACUCAAUGGAAACUCGUCAAGUUCUUGUGGGAGAACGGACGUAGUUUCCCGGUCAUUGAGCAACUAUACCCGCAACAUCUAAGAGAGCUGAGGCUAGGCUCGCACUGUGUGAUAUCCAUCAACGGAGACCGGCCACUUUGUCAUGCACUGGAACUGAUGAACAACGAAGGUGUUUCGUCUCUUGCAGUGGUUGACAAUCAAUGGAAUGUUGUUGGUAACAUAUCUGUUGUUGACGUCAAGCUUUUGACGAAAUCUACAUCCCUUCCUCUGCUCCACAAUACCUGCAUCCACUUCAUCUCAGUCAUUUUAUCUACACGUGGUAUAAUCGAAGGACAAGAUUCAUUCCCAGUCUUCCAUAUUAACCCGCAGUCCACCCUUGCCCAUACAGUUGCCAAACUUGUUGCCACCCGUUCUCACAGAAUGUGGGUUACUGACCCUCACUCACCGGCCUCAUCUACACCGUCGACACCAUCACACUCCACAACAAACAUUCCCCUGGGCUCUGCACCCAAUCAUACCAGCAGCAUCGCUGGGCCUGCCGUGGGCAGUACGGGUGCCUCUCUAUCAUCUCCGUCAUCGGCCAAUUUUGCUUCCGGCAACAACGGCAACCACAAUCCUCAGAACGGGAACGGAAACGCCCGUCCCGCCCAUAACCCCAUCUCACCUUUCCAAUACCCACAAACUCUAUCGUCAGCACAUCAUUCUUCCUUCAGUACUUCUCCUCCGUCCUUCACAGCAUCUAUAUCUACCUCAAUCCCGGCCUCGGCACUACCAGGAGCUAGCCUAUCCGGUCGCCUUGUUGGAGUUGUCAGCUUGACUGACAUUCUUAACCUUUACGCAAGGGCAAGCGGAUUAUACCCUACAGAUCCUAAUGCUCAUCGCACUCGAAGGCGACGCAGUAGUAGCUCUAGCCUCAACUUCAGGAGAAGCGGAGAACUGGCGAGGGAGCUGUGGAAUCGUCCAUAG